AACCAAAUUUGAAGACAGACAGAUAGGACCAUGAUGUAAGUGGCAAUAUUUCAGGGUCUGAUAUCAUCAAUCACUUCAAAAUUUUAAUCAUUCAUUGGCUUCUCAUAAUCUACAGAAACAUCUAGACCAAACUUAACAGUAUCCUUCUCUGUCCGCUAAGCAAUCACCCAGCAGCUUUCAUCUACCAGUUGGGUGAUUUCUGCUAACAGUGAUUUUACAUUGUUGUAUUGAUAGAUUCCCUACUGUAGCCAAACCGCUGACUUGAUACAAAUACACUACGUUUCAUAUAUAUAUAUAUAUAUGGUUAUAUUUUAAUGUUAAAAAGUACUGAAAUAUAAAGUGAAAGGAUGUCGGCUCAAGUCCAGACAAGAAUUGUUACCUUCAUGAAUCUAGCUGAAUAUAAGUUAACCUUGUUCAAGUAGCUGCUACAAUAUCAGAAGACAGAGAUGGGGUUCUGGACACUGUUUGAAGUGGCAACUAUGCCAAUUUUGCAAGUGCUUUUAAUAAGUUUAUUGGGAGCUUUCAUGGCUACUGAAUAUUGCAAUCUUCUUCCAACAGACGCCCGAAAAUCCUUGAACAAGAUCGUGUUCACUGUGUUCACACCUUGUCUCAUGUUUGCAUCUUUGGCCCAGACUGUGACACUUGAAGACAUAAUCUCAUGGUGGUUUAUGCCGGUUAACAUUGGACUCACUUUUCUACUUGGAGGCAUUCUUGGAUGGAUAGUUGUCAAAAUUCUGAGACCUAAGCCUUACCUUGAAGGCCUCAUCAUUGCUACAUGUGCUUCUGGGAACUUGGGAAAUCUUCUCCUUAUAGUUGUCCCUGCAAUCUGUAACGAGGAAGGAAGUCCAUUUGGGAAUCGUAAUGUUUGCACCACUGUUGGACUCUCAUAUGCAUCUUUCUCCAUGGCGCUUGGUGGUUUCUACAUAUGGACUUACAGUUACCAUCUGGUAAGAAGUUCAUCAAUUAAAUACAAAGCACUUCAAGCUGCUGAAGAUACAUCUGAGUCUAAGGUGGCCAACAAGGAUUUUGAUGCCACCCCAGAAACUCAACUUCUCAAGGGAGAAGAGGAUGAACAAAACGUAUCUGUAAAUGGGUCAUUACCAAAGUCUACUUAUGUGGAUGCUGAAAGCCAAAUUGUACCACAAGAAUCAACUAGUCAUCAGGAUAAAUCAAAGGAAUCAUCCUGUAAAAAGAUACUUGAAUUCUUUCACAAGAUCGGGGAGGAGCUAAUGGCACCUCCUACAAUUGCCGCGAUUGUUGGAUUCAUCUUUGGAGCGGUUACUUGGCUGAGAAACCUUAUAAUCGGUGAUGGUGCUCCCUUGAGGGUGUUCCAAGACUCAAUUAAAAUAAUUGGGGAUGGAACAAUUCCAUGUAUAACACUUAUACUUGGAGGCAAUCUCAUUCAAGGUUUAAAAUCUUCAACACUAAAGCCAUUGGUGAUCAUAGCUGUGGUUUGUGUUAGAUACAUCGUACUUCCUAUGAUUGGUAUAUGGAUUGUUAAAGGAGCUUCCACUCUUGGUUUCCUUCCAUCGGACCCUUUAUACCACUAUGUGCUCAUGAUUCAAUUCACUCUCCCACCUGCCAUGAAUAUUGGUACAAUGACCCAGUUGUUUGAUGUGGCUCAAGAGGAAUGUUCAGUCCUCUUUUUCUGGACAUAUUUAGUUUCAGCACUAGCACUCACGUCUUGGUCAACAGUCUACAUGUGGAUCUUGGCCUAAACACUUGUAGCUUAGGAGAGUGAAGAAGACAGAGACAUAUUGAGCACCAACUUGAAUCUCUAAAACUUCUAAACCCUCUUCUUUUGUAGAAUGAAGCAGGACAUUUUAAACACAAUACUAGAAAGCCUAUGUCUAUAUCUAUGCUGUAGUGAAUGGUUUAUCUUAUAUCAAGGGUAAACAGUAAUCCGAAGAGUCCUUUCAAUAUAUACAUCCCUAUAAUGGGAUUAUUUUUUUGUUUCUUAGUA